UUGUGUUUCCAUGGCAAUUACUCGCACCUCACCAUUUUCCACAGCUGGUCGGCGCCUUCACGUUUUAGUUACGCCUCUAUUCCUCUGAAUCGAAGUCGUUUCCCUUUUGUUAUGGACAGUGGGGUUCCAGGUAUACAUUUCGUUGACGUCCUUCGGAUCAAAUAG